CUAGGGAAGCCGCUUGAUUUGUACGUGAUUUCCCAAGGAUGGCACUAUCUGUUGUUAAAGGGAGACUUGAGAGGGUGCUGGACAAAAAUUUGCAGGAUCUUGUUCGGGGGAUUAGAAAACAUGGCGUGGAUGAGAAUAAGUACAUCGGCGACUGCCUGGAUGAAAUCAAAAAUGAACUAAAACAAGGCUCUUUUUCUGUCAAGGCGAACGCCAUAAGCAAACUUAUUUAUGUAGGUUGGAAGAAUUAGUACUGAAAACAUUCAGAUACAAAUGCUUGGCUAUGACAUAAGCUGAAAUUUACUUUCAAAAGGAUAGGUUAUUUGGCUGCUUCUCAAAACUUCCAUUCUGGUACAGACGUCCUUAUGCUGGCUACAAAUCUCAUUCGCAAGGACUUAACAAGCACCAAUUUAUAUGACGCUGGGAUCGCGUUAUCUGGUGUCGCUUGUUUUAUUAAUUCAGAUCUGGCUACGGACUUAUACCCUGACAUCCUAAGUCUAAUGAAUUCCCCUAAACCGUAUUUACGAAAGAAAGCUGUAUUAUUACUGUACAAGGUCUUCUUGAAUUACCCAGAAGCACUUCCUAUUUGUUUUCCACAGCUGAGAGAUAAACUUGAUGAUUCAGAUCCAGGGGUACAAUCAGCUGCUGUCAAUGUUAUAUGCGAAUUGGCUCGUAAAAAUCCGAAAAAUUACCUCUCUCUUUCGCCUAUAUUUUUUAAACUGAUGACAACAUCAUCUAAUAAUUGGGUUCUCAUUAAAAUUAUUAAACUGUUUGGUACAUUAACACCUUUGGAACCAAGAUUAGGUAAAAAGUUAAUUGGACCUUUAACCAACUUAAUUCACAGUACAUCAGCAAUGUCCCUCUUAUAUGAAUGCAUAAACACAGUCGUUGCAGUGCUCAUUUCAAUAUCUUCUGGAAUUCCUAGUCACCAAGCAUCGAUACAGUUAUGUGUUCAAAAACUACGCAUUUUAAUUGAAGACUCAGAUCAAAACUUAAAAUAUCUUGGAUUAUUAGCUAUGCGAAAAAUCCUGUUGUAUCAUCCACAGAGUGUUCAACCGCAUAAAGAUUUAAUAUUAAGUUGCCUGGAUGAUAAAGAUGAGUCAAUUAGACUACGUGCAUUGGAUUUACUGCAUGGAAUGGUUUCAAAAACAAAUUUAACCGAUAUUGUUAAACAUUUGAUGAUACAUAUUGCCAAUACGUCAUCUGGUACACAUUAUCGUAAUGAAUUGUUGAAUAAAGUUGUGUAUAUCUGCUCACAGGAUAAUUAUCAUUAUGUUGCUUCCUUUGAAUGGUAUGUUACUGUACUCGUAGAACUAGCCAGCAUUGAUGGUAUUCGAAAUGGAGAGCUGUUAGCAGCUCAACUUAUGGAUGUUGCAAUACGUGUACCAACUGUUAGAGCAUUCUGUGUUGAACAAAUGGCAAUAUUACUUGAUUUAAGUCAAUCGUUAACAAAUGGUGCAAAACAAAACGCUAUACAGGAGACACUUCGUGCAGCAGCAUGGAUUUGUGGUGAAUAUGCAAAUAGUCUAAGCAAUCCAGAACAAACUUUAAAUUCAAUUAUUUCAAUAGCACUUGAAAUACCUGGAUUGUCUUUUCAAGAACGCGCUGUAUCCAUUCAUCAAAUUUUGAACCUCAUCUUAAAACGUUUGACUAAGAUUCGGUCUUUCUUGACCAAUUCAUCGCCGUCAUCAUGUGUACCACCGCCUGUCAUCUCAAACAACAGUUCUUCUCCGUCUACGGAUAAUCAUAAGUUAUCACAUAAUGCAGAGAAUAGUAGUCCUCAGUUACAGUUAUUAAAUCCCACUGCUGCUGCUUCUAAUGAUAACACUUCAAAAAUGAAUACAACAUCAUCAUCAAGUGACAAUAAUGAUGAUGCCGCGUCAUUGAAUUCACAGCCGAGCUCAAUUCAGCUGGAAACUUCCAAUGCAUUCCCGCCUAGCACAUUAUCACCAAGUUUAGUGAUUAAUUUAAUUCAGUCGAUGGUUGAUGAAUUGAACGCCUUAUUCGCUGGUGAAAUUAUUCCUGUUGCACCAAAAGCUCAGAAAAGAGUACCAAUUCCUGAAGGCUUAGAUUUGGAUGCUUGGAUUAAUCCACCUGGACCAGUAUGUAAACCACAUUGGACCAGUACUAUAGACUUUGUUGGGAAGUCUGUAAACGAUGAUCAUUCAAUGCAUUCAAUGAACAACGAAUUACGUAACAACUCAGAAGUUGGUGCUGGUGGUGGUGAUAUAUUCACUGAUCUACAUGAUUCUAAGCCUUCAACUGUAAAGUUGACACCUGAACAAUUGGAUGAAUUACGAUCCAAACGGUUGGAAAGGCAACAGAAUAAUCCUAAUUAUUUGAAACCGAAGGAGAAGAAGAACAACGAUGCUUCCCAGUCUGAAAAUUCUUUUACAGAACAAAGUCGUGAUGUAGAUAACAGUGAUGUAAAUGAAUCUACAAAAUCAACUGAAUUCUCAUCACAGCACUUACAAAAACCAAAUAGUGGACGUACAUUAGCUACAUCUGAUCAGUUUGUAGUUGAAAUACGUAAACGAUUUCAAACAGUCGCUCUGAAUGAUGAUCGUAAAUUAAGAUCAAUAGGAGAUAAAUCGAAGAAGGUACGCAAGAAAAAACACUGUGUUACAUCUUCACCAUCGUCAUCACCACCACCAUCAUCCAUAUCAAUAGAUUCAAAGAGAAUGUCUCGAGAAGAAAAUGACAAAAAUCAUAUCAUGAAUAAACUGGCUUCACAUGUUGUACGCUGUGAAUAUGAUAUGCCUGAGGGAGUAACUGUCGACAAUGAAUCACUCACUGAUCCUGAAGAUAUCAAUGAUCCACACCAUCGAUUGAAUAUUGUAUUUGAUAAUUUUAUUACACAAGACAAUAAUAAACUAAACCCUUCCAGCACACCAUGUCAACGUGCUAAAAAACGUCAAGUGACGCAUAAAACUUCUUCAAAUAAAUCGUCGAAAUUGUCGUCCAAAAAUAAUAAUAAAGUGAACAAGAUAUCAAGAGAAGAUAUCGAAAGUCAAUCUAUGAAUGAUACCAACUGUACAGAGAAUGUCAAUCCCAGUCAGCUUUUAGAUUGCAACGAUGCUACAACUUGUCGUUCUGGAUAUGUUGCUUUCGAUUCAGACAAUACAAUAAAACAACAACGAAAUAAAAAAUCAUCAAAGACCGCACCCUCUAAAACAUCCUUAGUAAAUAAUAAAAAUGGAAAAAAUGAUCAUCAGUCCCUUGUUGAUCCGAAAUCCUCUGUACAACAACAACAGCAACAACACUAUAACAGUGAAUUAAUCACUAAUCCUGCUUCAACGCUGUCAUCUACUACUGCUGCUGCUGCUGCUACACCUCAAUAUUGUAGAUCAUUAACAAUGAGGACUAGUGAUCAAUUUGCUGCACUUUUAUCCAGUGGUCAACUCAAUGCAUUCCAAUCUACAAAAAUUCAAUGUCCUCAUUUAUUAUCAGUUAUUCAGCGUCAAUCAGAAAUACUGUCUGAUUCACCCACAUUGGCAGGAAUAAACAACACAAAGAUUUUCUCACAAAUCAUAUCGUUUCUUCAAGAAAAAGUUCCAUGUUCAAUCAUUGAAUCAUUGGACAGUCGGGCUGCUGCUUCACUCUACACAGAAUCCAUUCCACACAAAGAGCCAUUAUGCAUUUUAAUGAAAGUUUCUUUUGCCACAGGAACAAUACGAAUGGAUAUUCGUUCAACAAAUCAACUCUCUGUCCAAUUGUGUAAUUCCCACUUAACAAAUCUAGUCAAACAGAUGAAAUUUUGA